CUUGUUCUGAAUUAGGAUGCGUGAUGCUAAAUGUGAUCUAUCUGAUAGUUGUCGAAAAGCCCUCUAUUGGAUUGAAUUUACACAGCUGAUUGUUAUGGUUAUUGUCAGAUUUUUGAUAAGUGAAAUGACAUUACUUUGUUUAAUCAAGAUAAAUUGAUUAUUACGUGUUAAUGUAGUUUUAUUGUAUUUGUAGUAAUCUGCAAUGAAAUUUUCAAAUUAGGAAAUGAACAAAUAUAUUUAAAAUUAAAAUAUUAUAUCAAGAUUAGAGGAGAAACCGCAUAUUCCUAUAGUUGAAAUAGAGAUGUGAGUGUAGAAAGCGGGAUAUAGUGAAAAAAGCUUUAUCAUUUACAUUUGACAUGUCUAAAAUUUGGGGAGUAUUAACAAGAAAAAAAACGCUAAAUCCAGUAUCUAUAGAAGAAACUAGAUUGUCUAGAAUUUUGGGCACUUUUGACUUAACCGCGCUAGGUGUGGGCAGUACUUUGGGUGUAGGAGUUUAUGUAUUAGCAGGAAAAGUAGCCAAAGAUACAGCUGGUCCUUCAGUUAUAUUAUCUUUUUUUAUAGCAGCAGUAGUUUCCGUCUUUGCUGGAUUGUGCUAUGCAGAAUUCGGAGCUAGGGUGCCCAAAGCUGGAUCUGCUUAUAUUUACAGUUAUGUUUGUAUUGGAGAAUUUGCAGCAUUUGUGAUAGGAUGGAAUCUUAUUCUGGAAUACAUUAUAGGUUCUGCCAGUGUAGCGAGAGGGAUCAGUUUAUAUUUGGACACUCUACUUAAUAAUACAUUGGAAACAACUUUUAAAGAUAUAGCACCUAUUCAUCUUUCUUUUAUGUCUGAAUAUUUUGAUUUUCUCGCAUUUGGACUCUCCAUUAUCUUGGCAAUUGCAAUGUCAUUUGGAUUAAAGGAGAGCAGCUUAGUGAACAAUAUAGUGACAUCAUUAAAUAUUGGCAUAGUAUUAUUUGUUGUUAUACUAGGAUCAAUUAAAGCAAAUGUUGCAAAUUGGCACUUUCACCCCGACAAUACUACAAACUCCACAAUAGUAGGAACAGGAGGCUUUUUCCCUUUUGGUUUAGAUGGUACUAUAAAAGGAGCAGCAACUUGCUUUUACGGUUUUGUCGGAUUCGAUUGUAUUGCCACUACAGGAGAGGAAGUUAGAAAUCCCAAGAAGGCAAUUCCUAUUUCCAUCAUACUUUCUUUGGCAAUCAUAUUUUUAGCAUAUUUUGGAAUAUCUACAGUACUCACCCUCAUGGUACCUUACUAUCUUCAGGAUGAAAAUGCUCCACUCCCUUACGCUUUUGAUUAUGUUGGCUGGCACUGGGCUAAAUGGGUUGUUGCAAUAGGAGGAAUUUGUGGCUUGUUUUCAAGUUUGUUUGGUGCUAUGUUUCCUCUUCCAAGGAUCAUUUACGCAAUGGCAUCUGAUGGUUUGAUAUUUAGAUUUCUCGGAUCAGUAAGCAGCAGAUUCCAUACACCUGUGAUUGGUACUAUACUGGCGGGAGUAUUAACAGGUUCAAUGGGUGCCUUAUUUGAAUUGAGCCAGUUAGUUAACAUGAUGUCGAUAGGUACAUUAAUGGCAUACACUGUAGUAGCUGCUAGUGUUUUACUUUUAAGAUAUUCAGUGGACAAUACACCAGCAUAUACACCCUUAAGGGUAAAUACAGAUUCUGACGACAAUGAGCCGCCGUACACUGAAAAUAGUUUUAACAAUACAAAUAAUGAUGACAGUUAUCUUGUUGAAGAAAACAAAAGUAAUUCAAGUGUGAUUGCACAAAUUUUUAACUGUGGACGACAUUCAAACCCGACGAAAGUUUCGCAGAACAUUGUGGCAUUUAAUAUCGCAUUAUACUGCAUUGCUUGUGUUGCUGUGGGACUAUGUGCAAUUUAUCUUAAAGAUCCUAUAGCUGAAGGUAAAACAUGGGCAAUAGUAUUAGUCUCGAUAGUCAUCUUAUUAGCUACCAUUCUAAUAAUAUCCGUAGCUAUUCAACCUACAUCAAAUCGAGAUUUGAGCUUUAAAGUUCCUGUGGUUCCUCUUAUACCUGCUCUCAGUAUUUUAGCUAAUAUAUAUUUAAUGCUUAUGUUGGAUUACUUGACAUGGAUUCGUUUUGGUGUAUGGAUGGCAGUCGGCAUUCCUAUUUACUAUAUUUCUCUAAAACCAAUCGAUGAACAAAAACCAAAAGCAUCGGCAAUCGACGAACAUAAACCAAAAGAAACAGGCAACGAUCGAAACCAAAACGGAAAAGUAAAUUAUUAUAACAACGUCGCAUUUGUUGAUGACACUUUUAACUAUCCGAAAAAGAAGACAGCACCACUUCCACCACAAAUCAACGAAGACAAAACAGAAGUCAAUGAAAUACAUUAUGAAUUACAAAAACUCGAUGAAAUGUUGGACGAAGUUUCUAAUAAUUUAGAAACUACUCGUAAAUCAUCUGUUUGUAGUGUAAAUGUGUCUAUGUCUCGCGAAGAAAGUGUUGUUGCUGAUGUUCAUUGUAAUAACGUCACUACCUCAGCAAUUCCUUUCCCAACAACAACAUCCGUUGAAGAUCCUACAAUUUUAAACUAUCAAAAUGAUAUAAAUGAACACUUGGAGCCUUCAGAAGUACAAAAGGAAGCCCCGCCUGUUGAGAUACAGAAGAAAAAGAAGAGAUCAGGUUCAAUCGACUCACCAGCUCCUCCAGACACACCUGUAUCAUAUAAAUCAGUAACAGCAGAAUCCGAAAGCGAAAUUAAUGACAGUCCUGCUUCUAUUUCAUCUCAACCUACCCCACCGGAAUCCCCUCUAUUUAUUAACAAAGUCGAAGAAGCUUUUGAUACUCCUAUCCCGCUUUCACCAAAUUUAACCCCACCACAAUCACCUCUACUUGUUAAAACUAUCAAAGAAAGUGAGGAAAACAUUUUCGUACCUCCAUCUUCUUCACCACAAUCGCCUCUACCAGUUGAUAAAAUCGAAGAGGAAAAUGUUAAAGUUUCUGUCACUCCACCUCCUCCACCUUUCCCAUUAUUUGUGCCAGGAAAAUUGAACGAAACUACUUCAAAUGACAUUAUAAAACCUCAAUCUCCAUUGCAAAGAGUUACUUCAAGUGCCAUCAAAGGUGUAACGCUGAAAUCUUGGCGCAAGCAAAACGAUAAAACAAAAAACGAAUAUGUACCAGACGACGAAAAUCUCAAACUAAGAUCAGAGAAAGCUAAAAGUUUUAAGGAACAGCUAAAUAAUAAACUUUCUACAAAUUUUCCGAAUCAUAUGCCGUUUUUGAAGUAUCACGCACCGCUUCCUCCCAAAAUCAUCACGCCGACGCCGAUUGAGCCAAGAAAAAACGAAAACGUUAUAGAAGAGAGUAUAAGUAGGGAGAGCGCUCGAGAAAAAUUGGGUUUAUACAUCAACGCUAGGAUAGUCAAUUCUUCUAAUAAUAUUUCUAGUAAUAACAAGUCAGAGGAGGUAACUGAUAUACCAUUGCCUAUUUCUAGGCCUACGUCAAAUGAGGUAGUACAAACUGAUGAGAUAGUACCUGUUGUAGAAACAGUAGACGAUGCUUACUUGGCCCAUCAGAACAGAAUGAAAAAUGUUUUUAGAAGUAUGAAAAUGAUGGAUACGCCCAAGGAAUUGAAUAGCCCAACAAGAAUAGUUAAAUCUUUGGAUCAUAAAAUCGAUGAUCAUGCGAAACAUAGGCAAGCAAUGAGUGAAAUUUUCGACACUAUUAAUUUACGACGCAAAGAAAGUACGAAACAACAAUCUAAAGUAUAAUUUGUUGUUCUCAAAACCGAAAAGAUUCAAAUACCAAAAAAUGAUCUGAUCAAAAAAAAUGUAGAAAAUAUUACCGAUAUUAUUUUCAAGAAGAACGAGGGAAAUUAUGUAGGAUUUAAUAACGGUUUUAUAGUUUUGAAAAAAACCGGUUUUUAGCAUCAUCAUCUGGCUAUUGGAACAUUGAAAAUGUUUGCCUAUUUUCCCAUAUGCUUCACGCUUCUAGUAUUGUCUAGCUUUUCUUACAAUAAUAUACCAUUUUUUAUAAAAUUUGAGUCAGCGUUUUAUGUCAGUUUAUUAUACAGGGUGUCCAGAAACUUGUCAAGCACACAUUAUAGAUACUAGAUGCGAUGAUACUAUAAGAUUUAGAUUAAAAAUUUUAAAUUAUUACAGUAAAAUAAUAAAUGCUGAUUAAAAAAACAAGAAAAUACGUUUUUGAAUGACGAAAAUCGGAAUAUUACUAGGCAUAAUCGUAAAAAAAUAAUAUAAUCAAAUUAGUAAUAUUCUCAAAGUGCUCGAAUUUUCGUAAUUCAAAAACUUAUUUUCUUGUUUUUUUUUUGUAAUCAGUAUUCAUUAUUUAUUGUUAUAAUAAAUUGAAAUUGUUGAUAAAAAAAAUUGUUUUCCACUGUAACAUUACUAAAAAGGUACACAAAAGGUCCGAAAAGGGUCGAAUGUCGGAGGGCGCUCGGGGUUAACCAGAACAGGUAGUUGAUUUAAAUUUAACAUAUAAUUUAAAUGACAGUGUUUCCUAUGUUUCCUCAAAAUCUAAAUGAAUUUGUUUUCAAUAGUCCCCCUUAAAGAAGCUCCAUCUCAUUGCAGUUUUAACAUUGGAUAAGUUUGAAAUUUGUGGGGGUAACAGUUUUUUUCAAGAUAUGCUUUAAAAAUAGCGUCAUCUUCAAAGGGCGUUAUCUCUUUUAUGCGGAACUUUUUGAUAAAAAUAAA